AUGUCAGCCGGGACAGUGGUCAUCGCAGGAGGAAUUUUGGCUACAGUCAUCUUACUGACGAUCGUCGCUGUGCUGUGUUUAUGUAGGUUGCAGUAUUACUGCUGUAAGAGGGAGGAGUCUGAGAAGGGGGAAGAGGAGGAACCCGAGCUCGCCACCAUGUCGCCAUCUCGCCCCCUGGCUCUGUCGGCUCCUCCUACGCCUCCGACGCCAGAGCAAUACAGUGACGACCCCGAGACGUACCCUCCCACUUUCCUCACUGAAGCCAACGGCCCCGUCAGCUACUCGCCUCCGCCGCCACGCAGGUGCUAUCGCUCGCAUGCCUUCUGCCCUUCCUGUGCCCGCUGCUCACUGCCCUUCUACCUGCAGCACCCAGAGAGGCUGUGCAAUGGCGGUCGCAGGAUCAGCUACAGGACUGUGCAGCAGCAGGACAUGGAGUUGCCCAUGGACUUGGCCAGCUUCUACCAGAAGCUGAACCUCAUCCGCCAGGUCACCAUGAAGGAAGUAGUCACCCACAGCGUCAGCACCGACGUUUAG